UAGUUUCCAGAUACUGUACGGCAACUCCGAAAAUGAGAUGGCAUGCGUCACUGGUCGUCCUUUUAGCGCUAGGAUCCGUCACGGUGAUCAGCGGUUUUCGAUCUGCCUUGAAGUUUCCUGAAAAUUAUAUUGAGGAUCUUCCCUUGGAAGAAGCAAAUAUCGAUGAACGCCCUGUACAUCUAAACAUGUAUGACGAUGAAAAACUAGAGAAAAUCGACAGCAUACUAACCAGUUUGCUAAUUUCACCAUGGCCUCAUGGCAUCAGCCCCAUUCUCUACGUAGAAAAUAAUCCAGUUUCAGUCGAAGAUGAACUGCUUUCGGACACUCCGACUCCCGAUGAAUCUCUCCAUCCUGUCCCUCCCAAAAGGACAAGGUACUACAGGAAAUAUCCCUGGAAGAGGCAGAACUCUAGAUACGAACCAGGCAACCGCUUCAUCUGCACCCCCUCCAAGGACGACGUCUACCGCCUGCUGGUAGCCCUGCACGAGGCCAGGCAAGGCAACAGAGACCGCAUGGUGAACUUCUGUAACCGAAAGCGUCCAGCGUACGCCAUCUACACCAACAUCCGUUUCCUAGGGAAGUAAAGGUGAUAGACGGCGGUUCACGGUUUCUAACAGUAUUAACUAAUCGUUGUCGAGCUUUAAAUAAUAAAUUGGGGUCUUUAAAUGCAUAUCCAAGGGUUUAUUGGAUUGUUUCUGCUGUAGUGUGCAUGCCAUAGUUGUUACAUUAAAAUUUCUUCUUCUUGAAUAAAAUUGAUGAUUAUUUUCCUUACCUGAGAAACUUGAAUAUCUUUGCCAUUAUUGUUAACAGUAAACAAUAUUUUAAGUAUACUAAUACAAAAAAAAAACAGUUUUGCUUUCACAUGCGAUUAGGUUUGGUUGAAUCAGAACAGCUGAUUUUAUAAAUUAGGUUGUUUUAACUGAUGACAGAAUUUUGAAGCAAUAACAGCAAAAUUGGCGUUGAUAUGUACCUGCAACCCAAAUUAGUUGAGGAUAUUGUUAUCAUUAAUGCUUGAGUUCCGAAUCUAGAUCAAGAAAUCAGAGACUUUUAUGAUCAUCAGUAAAUUGCGAGAUACAAAUAAAAAAAUUAGAUCUUUUCUAACACGAAUGGAAUUUUAGUGCUUUAUUACUCA